CGCUGCUGCAGCCACCUCUCCCGGGGUCCUGGCGGCGGCGCGGGAAAGAUGGCGGCGCCCUGGUGGCGAGUAGUGCUGUCCAAAAGUCGGGGAUGGCGGGGCUUCGGCACCUCGGCUGCCCUCGGCCGCCGGACGCCCCCGCUGGGGCCGAUGCCCAACCAGGACAUCGAUGUGAGCAACCUGGAGCGACUGGAGAAGUACCGGAGCUUCGACCGCUACCGGCGCCGGGCCGAGGAGGAGGCGCGGGCCCCGCACUGGUGGCGGACCUACCAGGAAUAUUUUGGGGAGAAGACAGAUCCUAAAGACAAAAUUGACAUUGGGCUGCCUCCACCCAAGAUCUGCCGUGCGCAAAGGCUACUGGAACGGAAACGGAUCCGCCAGGAGCUUCGAGCCAGUGUGGAAGAGGAGCGGGCAGCCCGCCUCCGCACAGCCAGCAUUCCCCUCGAGGCUGUGCGUGCAGAAUGGGAGAGGACCUGCGGCCCUUACCACAAGCAGCGGCUGGCUGAGUAUUAUGGCCUCUACCGAGACCUGUUCCAUGAUGCCACUUUCGUGCCCUGGGUCCCCCUGCGCGUGGCCUAUGCUGUGGGUGAGGAGGACCUGAUGCCUGUGUACUAUGGCAAUGAAGUGACUCCAACGGAGGCUGCCCAGUCCCCAGAGGUGACCUAUGAGGCAGACGAGGGCUCCAUAUGGACACUGAUGCUCACCAACCUGGAUGGACACCUGCUGGAGCCCGACGCCGAGUACCUCCACUGGCUGGUAACCAACAUCCCAGGUAACAGGGUGGCUGCAGGACAGGAGGCGUGUCCCUACCUGCCCCCCUUCCCCGCCCAAGGCUCCGGCUUCCACCGCUUUGCCUUCCUGCUCUUCAAGCAGGACAAGCCCAUCGACUUCUCCGCAGAUAUUCGCCCCUCACCCUGCUACCAGCUAGCCCAGAGGACGUUCCAUACGUUUGAUUUCUAUAAGAAACACCAGGAAGCCAUGACUCCCGCUGGCCUGGCCUUCUUCCAGUGCCGCUGGGAUGACUCCGUCACCCAUACCUUUCACCAGCUUCUGGACAUGCGGGAGCCUGUGUUUGAGUUUGUUCGGCCACCAGCUUACCACCCGAAGCAGAAGCUCUUCCCCCACCGGCAGCCCCUGCGCUACCUGGACCGGUACAGGGACAGUCAUGAGCCCACUUAUGGCAUCUACUGAGGGACCACAGUGUGUCCAUCCCAGAGGGUGAGCUGUGCCGGCAGGAACAGGAAAGGUGCAGCCCUGGAGGGCUAAGCUGUGGGGUCUGUACCCUGCCUGACGCAGCCCCUUUGGCAGCCCCACCUGCCAAACCCAGGACUUGGAGUGAAGGACAUUGAGGAUAUGGGGGCAAGGGGUGUGAAUAAAGAUGAUUUCUGCCAUCA